AGCUGCCUUGUCAGCCCGGGUCACGUGCCGCGCCUGCGUCCUACGCUCGGCCUUUUCCCACAGCGUUACGGGUUGCAGACGUUUCGUUAGGCGGCCGUCGGCCUACGACGAAACGGGGUACAACCGGCAAUCAUGGGUUUCGUUAAAGUUGUCAAGAACAAAGCCUACUUUAAGAGGUACCAAGUCAAGUUCCGAAGAAGGAGAGAGGGAAAGACUGAUUACUAUGCUCGUAAGCGCUUGGUGAUUCAAGAUAAAAACAAGUACAACACUCCUAAAUACAGGAUGAUUGUACGUGUCACCAACAGAGAUAUCAUUUGCCAGAUUGCUUAUGCCAGAAUUGAAGGUGACAUGAUUGUCUGUGCUGCAUACGCUCAUGAGCUGCCGAAGUAUGGUGUGAAAGUAGGCUUGACCAACUAUGCUGCUGCCUAUUGUACGGGCUUGCUGAUGGCCCGCAGGCUUCUGAAUAAAUUUGGUCUGGAUAAGAUCUAUGAAGGCCAAGUUGAAGUGACUGGUGAUGAAUACAAUGUGGAAAGUGUGGAUGGACAGCCUGGUGCCUUUACUUGUUAUCUGGAUGCUGGCCUUGCUCGGACGACUACUGGAAACAAAGUCUUCGGUGCUCUGAAAGGAGCUGUGGAUGGUGGUCUUUCCAUUCCACACAGAUGGAAGAAAUGUAUAGAAAAGCUCAUGCUGCAAUACGUGAAAAACCUGCCCAUGAAAAGAAACCUAAGAGAGAAGUUAAAAAGAAGAGGUGGAAUCGCCCCAAAUUGUCCCUUGCUCAGAAGAAAGAUCGUGUGGCUCAAAAGAAAGCUAGCUUCCUUCGGGCUCAGGAACGUGUGGCUGAUAGUUAAGAUGCCUUCCAUAAUUUUCUAUGAAGAUUUUGGAAUACAGAAUAAACUUAUUGAAUCAAUGUUGGAAGUGUUGACUUACUGAGAUUGAAUUCUAUCUGCAUUUGAAUUAAUUGAUCACCCGGUUUCUUGGGUCUCCCUCUUUAUGCUUACAGAAGAAGCUACAAAUGUGAAGUUCAAUCUAGCUUCACUGUAGCAAAUCCCUCUAUUUAUAUUCCACUUUUCCUUUGGGGGCUGAAGGCAUAGCAGUCCCUUCAGUGUUUUCCUCUCAAAAGCAGUCUUAUGAGAUAGGUUGGGCUUAAAGAAUAUGAUUGGCCCCAAGUCACCCAAGAAGCUUUCAUGGCUGAAGAUGGUCUUGCAGCUGGGUCUUAUUAAUCCAACAUCUCAACUAUUAUGCUUCACUGAUAUUCAAUGUUGACAUGCUGCUAAAUCUUCAAACUAUUAAAUAAAAUCCAUCAGGUAAGUGAUAAACAUCAGGGUGUAUGGUCUCCUUAGCAGGGACAUCCAAAAGCAGACUCUUAAUUGUACUCUCUAGAUUUGCUACAUCUAGAGCUUUCUGAAUUCCCAGGCACUAUAUAGUCAGUGACUAGCAAUGAAUGAAGCUCAUGAAAUGAAAUCCCAGAAAUACUUUUGUUUCCUUCUGGGAAUACAUUGAUCUCACCUUUGGAAUCUCAUCUGGAAAUUUUCCAAAAAUCCAUUUUCGGGAACAAGAAUGGAUUCUGGUAUUUUGGAUGUUGUCUGCCCUCCUAGGACUACUGCAAGCUACUUUUUGUUCUAGCUCACCAUAUUAGUACCUUUUUAGUCAGGUCAUAGUAAUGUGAGCCAUCUUAAUCUUAGGCUAAAAUUAGACAAAUUCUGUAGAUGUACCUGCCAGAUUUGCAUGACAAAAAAAGUGUCAGCAGUUCUCAAGUCUGUUUUGUUUUAAUCCGCUUCUCUUGCUUUCCAUUGCUUGGCUUUAAAAAGCCCUUAAAUCUUGAUUUUGUUGACUUUGCAAUUUAGACAGCACUCUUAAAGUCUUUCCCCACUAACAAAAAUGAAAUUCGUCCUUUCUUAGAAAAGAACAGAAGCUGUAAUCAAGGGGAAAUAUGCAGUAAAGAAGAUCCAGGGUUAGAUCCAGAUUGCUUUUCAGGCUGUAUUUGUGUUGCUGUGUAUCAAGAUAAUUCUUUAAUAAACAGUCUAUUUUUAAAAAGUGAAUAUUGGAGAACAGCAUAACCACAAAUAUUCAGGAAAGAUGCAGUAUAACUUUUCUCCAAGAACUGUUCAAGAUGUACUAAACUGCUUAGGUUAACUGAUUUCUGCCUUAGUUGAGUUCUGGAUCACAGAACAAUAUACAUAAAUAUAAUUUCCCUUCAGAUCUCAGGCUUAUAUGUGUGUUGAGUAGAGAUUGUCUUCCACCUUGAGCUUUUCCCAUGUUCA